UUCCGUUGGAAGCUCUUUGAAAACUCCCUUCGAAGACUCCGUCCGUUUCUCUCUAGAUCGAAUCGGCAAUGGCUGCUUCUAGCUCCGUUUUCACAGCCUCCCCGUCGCGUAAUUUCGCGUCUGUCCCUCUUCAUCAGUCGCUAUCUCCACCGUUGCUCAGAUCGAGCUCAGUCGCGUUUCGUCCCAAACGCCGAUCCAGCUCGCUCCUCUUGUGUUCCACUGAUGAAACAAAGAGCACCGCAGAGAAAGAGAUCCCAAUUGAACUCAGGUAUGAGGCAUUUCCUACGGUGAUGGACAUCAAUAAGAUACGAGAGAUUUUGCCUCACAGAUUCCCAUUUCUGUUAGUGGAUAGAGUGAUAGAGUACACGGCUGGUGUAUCUGCGGUAGCUAUUAAAAACGUUACCAUUAAUGAUAAUUUCUUUCCUGGUCAUUUCCCUGAGAGGCCUAUUAUGCCUGGAGUCCUCAUGGUUGAGGCCAUGGCUCAGGUGGGAGGUAUAGUGAUGCUACAACCAGAAGUGGGUGGAUCGAAAAGCAACUUCUUCUUUGCUGGGAUUGACAAAGUUAGAUUCAGAAAGCCUGUGAUUGCUGGUGAUACUCUGGUGAUGAGGAUGACGCUUGUGAAGUUGCAGAAGCGGUUUGGGAUAGCGAAAAUGGAAGGGAAAGCAUAUGUAGGUAACUCUGUGGUAUGUGAAGGAGAGUUCUUGAUGGCUAUGGGUAAAGAAGAGUGAUCAGGCCUUUGCUUCUUUCUUCUUCAUACGGCCCUCGUGUCUGCUGCUAAUUGGUAGUCGCACCUAAAAGUUGAGUCACAUUUCUAUCUUCAAUUUACGAUGUUUGUUUGCAUAUUGUGAUCAUAUUAAAAAGGAACUUCAGUUUAUUGAGUAGAUGCCCAAAAGAGUUUUUUUUUUCGGUUUCAA